AUGUCAAUCUCAGACGAUAAUUCACUAUCAGCCCAAAUUUCAGAUCACAAUUACCCUUCUAAUAGUGUUCUGCUUUAUGAUAUCUACCUAUACCUUUUUUUCCCUUACGUAGUAGCAGGAGGACUUAUAGCUGGACUUCUAAUUCUUAUAUCAUAUCUCCGUUCUAGUCGUAUUGAAUUGAAGAUGAUCAAGCACACUGAUUACCAUAUAAGAAUAAUUUCCGCGUUCCAAAUCGCGAAUAUGUUCAUUAUUUUUGCUUGGGCUGAUGCAUUGUAUAUUUACGCUAAAAUGAUGGGUGAAUUUGUGGCAGCCUUGAUUGGGUUUUUUGUAAGGGAACAUCAAGCUUUUCGAUGGGGAGUAAGAAAUAUAUACAGAAAUAUGGUAAAUAGCCUAAAAAUACAUUAUUUUCCUAUAAAAAUAGCAAUAAUCCUAUAAGGUAUAUAGAGUCUUAUUAGUCAAACCGUAAUGUUAGUUAUGCAAGUUAUCUUCACUGUUUGGCUCUCUGAAGAUAUUUACUGCCAAGAAAACGACCUUUGUGAUACAGGAGUUUCAACCUCAAUUUUAUACUUAAUGUACGCUCAAUAUACAAUUGCUUUUAUUUUUGAAACAGCUGGGAUCAUCCUUGUCAGCAAUUUAAUGAUGAGCUUGGGAUGGUUCUACACAAAGAGGUUCCCACCACAGCUGAACUUAAAACAGUAUGGGAUUGAGAGGCCUAAAAACAAGACUACUAUAUAUGACUUGUUCCCUCAUCCUGUUGUUUAUCAACUUUAA